CAGAGACUAUUGAACAUUUUUAUGAAGAUUCAACUGAUAAUUCAUUAGCCGGAAAGAAUUACAAGGAAUCUAUAGAUCGUCUUGAGCGAGAUUGUCGUGACUACUUGGACGAACCAUACCGUCAAACUGUAACUGACCAUAUAGGUCGAUUUUGCGCAUAUUUUCCGGAUAUAAAUGAUGCCAUCAAAAAACGCGAUAAAAAACUUUUAGAUUAUGAUUCACAACGUGCUAAAGCUGAACAAGCUGCUAAUGAAGCUCGUGAGAUUUACGAAUCUUUGAAUACUCAGCUUGUUAAUGAAUUACCUAGAUUAAUAGAUCUUCGAGUACCAUAUUUUAACCCUACAUUUGAAGCAUUGGUGAAAAUACAACUCAGAUUUUGUCAAGAAAGUUAUGAAGGAUUGAAUAAUUUGCAAGAACAAUUUUCUGAUAACGAUCAAGUUGACAAUAAGGUUGAAGCCGUUUUACAAAAAAUGAGAGAUCUGGCUAUCUGUGGAAUGGGAUAA